AUGGCAGAGAUCGUGGAGUACACCGCCGAGAGGUACUUCGGCAGAGGCGGAAGGCCACGCGUAGUGCAGGACAUGCUUGGCGAGUCCCCAUGCUGGGAUCACCGCACUGACACACUGUACUGGGUUGACAUCGCCGGCAUGGCCAUCUGCAGCUACGAGGACCAGCCCAAGAAGUUGAGCCGCUGGCAGAUUGGCGAACAGCUGGGCUUUGUCGCCGUGACUGAUGACCUCAACGUGUUAAUCUUCGGCGGUGCCGGGGGUCUAUCUUUGUUCCGGAAAGCCGAUGGACACAUCACUCGCUUGUACCAUCCUGAGCAGAAAGUCCACCCAAACAACCGCUUCAACGAUGGGAAGAUUGAUCCCGCUGGUCGGCUGUUUGCUGGCACUAUGGACAUGCACAAGCCUCGUAAAGAGGGUGUUGGCGCAUUGUACUGCAUGCAGUGCAACAAACUGAAGAAGGUUGAGGCUGUGGGACCUGUGACGGUGGCGAAUGGAUUAGGGUGGAGCCCGGACAACCUCACGUUCUACCACACUGACAGCCCAACACGCUCGAUCCGUGCCUUCAGCUUCGAUAUCCGUACUGGUGCUGUCCACGGCCCAGCCAAGACUGCCUUCACCGUUGCUGAAGGGGUCCCUGAUGGCAUGUGUGUGGACAGCGAAGGCUUUCUGUGGGUGGCCAACCUUCGCGCGGCACAGGUCUUGCGGGUGAACCCAACAACAGGACACAUCGUCGCUCGUAUCCGGCUCCCAGUCCCCCUUGUUACCAGCGUUUGCUUUGGCGGACCCUAUUUCCGUACCUUGUUUAUUACCACAGCAAUGGGCACGACGGAUGCCGACAUUGCUGAAUGCACCGAUGCCAAUGCCGGAUAUGUCUACGCAGUGGAGGUUGACAUCCCUGGAAUGCCCAUGAGCCCAUUGAAGCUUGAUGGCCGCGAGGAGUGGCUCGCUGGGGGAGGCUCGCUACACCUCGGCCGGGUUGGGAUCUUGGCUCGAGAGGUGAUGGCCCUCCUGGGCACCCACGACGCACCGAGGUCACUGGAGGACAGCCAGGACGUGCAGCCGGUCAGCGAGAAAUACGUGGACGACAUCACGCAAGAGCCAGUCUGGGACAAGACCCCCGUGUGCCUGCGCGAAGGAGGCAUCCUGUCCUGGGUACGGCCGAGUAGCGAGCGGCCGACGCUGCAG